GAUCUCUUGGCCACAAACGUCCAGGCUCGAGACCAAAGGGAAAGUGAGGCCCUCAUCAUCUCCUAGACUCCUACUGCUCUAGCAUAGCUCUCCCCUUUAGCUUGCUCCCCAAUAGGAGAAUCCUCUUCUUCCUCCUCCUCCUCCUCCUCCCUUUCAAGUCAUUUCUCUCAGCUAGCUUCUUGAUCUUUCCUUCUAUCUAACUCCUUCACAGAUAGCCGUGAUGCUGGAAGUUAAAGGAUUGGGAUAUGAGAUGCACCACACGAUCGAUGAGCUGUAGGCUGUAGCUAGAGAGAGAUCGAUCGAUCGAGACAUGAGACGUACCACACGGUCGAGGUCAGCAGCAACAGCAAGUCGCCGCCGCCAUGGUCCCAACAACUAGGAACAUGUUGCACCAUGACGGCAAGAGCAGCAGAAAGCCGUGCUACCACCCCGUCCAGUACUGCGUCGGCAUCGCCGCCCAAUUGGAGGCAUCGGCGGCGGCCGCGCGGCAAGACAACCGCAAGCCGUCAAGAUCCCCACGGCUCGCCAUGGCCGACGACGACGAGCCAGCCGCAGCGGCCGGCACGAGCUCCCGGGGCGGCGCCGGCGCAAGAGACGACGGAGACUGGCUCCAGCUAGGCCUCGCCGCCGCGGCGUCGUCGUCCUCCGCCUCCUCCUCCGGCGACAACAACAGUACGGAUCCGGCCCCGCCUCCUAUGGAGCUGGACUUGUUCACCUACGACAAGCGAAACGCGAGGAUGAGGCCGCCGAUGUUCCCGCUGCCCCUUAGGAGCUACCAGACGUACGGGCGCGGACGGUAUCGACCGGCGGCGGCGAGCGGGUCCUUGUCGGCGCCGUCCUUGCCGUUUAUGCCUCCGUUCAGGACCUCCGGCGAUGCCAUGAGAGUCAUUAGCCCGCCGCGACGAACGGAGGCGGCCGCCGGGCUGUGGCUGAAACUUCAAGCAGCUCCCAACCAAGUUAGAGAGCCUAUUUUGCCGCAGAUACCAAAGAGCUACUUAAGAAUCAAGGACAGCAACAUGAAGGUGGAGAUGGUGAUGAAGUACUUGGCCGAGAAGCUAGGGCUCUCACAAUCUCAUCAGCAGAAGGUGGAGCUGACAUGCAGAGGGCAGCUUCUUCCUCCCUCCUUGCUGGUGAAACACGUGAGAGAUAGCAUCUGGUGCGCGACGGCGCCGAGGGAAGCAGAGACGCCACUUGUCGAGCUGACGGCUUCACGGCGCUCCCCGGCAGCGGCAGCUACUGACCAUGUCAUGACACUCUGUUACAGCACAACUAGGAACAGCAAGCUAGAACUCAAUCUGUAAUUAAUUUAUUGGCCAAAGCUCUCCUGUUAUUCUUUUACCUACUUCCCCUGCUGAUGGUUAACUAAUACCAUGUCUGAACGGCCCAGAUUAAUCAACAAACCCUCCCGUCACCUUUU